GGGAAGGCCAAGGCUGGAACUGGCCUGCAGAACAUUGAGCACUAACAUUUCAGCUAAGCUUCGCUGUCUGGAGCCGGCAAACCAAAACCUCGUCUUCCAAACCCAUACCAGUUAUUCCGUACUGUGACAACCAGCGAGUCCAGUCGAGAAUAGGACGGCCAUCGCUUCAGCUUCCGCGAGAUUCACGAUACAAAUCGGAGAACCUGGAAGGAAGUUUAACUCUGGAGGGAAGUGGCAGAGAUGGGCGGGCCCUCGCCCCGGCUUUCAGCAAACAAGAAACGCCCAGCUUCCAACGCCGAUUUCUACAAUGGUGAUGUGGAAGGGACGAGCGGCCGUCCGGAACAGGGCGAAGAUGCUGCGGCUCGGUCUCCAAAACGGCUGAAAGGGCUCGACUCUUCGAAAGAAGCUGAGGACUCAGCUCCAUUGUUGCCAGGUGUUGAGCCAUCAGGGGCUCGGAGCCCCACCGCUGCACCUGCAAAGGCGCACAGUGGAUGGAAUCAGGGUAUUAAUGGAGGUCUGCGGACGUCUUUCGCUGCCUCGAGCAAGGAGAAGUUCCGCAAGCCGCCAAGGCAGCGGGCCCCGGAAUCUCCUGGGCGGCCACCUGCCGAGCCGGCGAAUGCCAGCGAUUUGGCUACGUCUCGAGAACCACCCAAGGACCCUCCGAAGGAAGACGAACACUUGCAGGAUACCGAGCCAGAGCAGCAAAGUGACAAGCCAGAGAAGCAGAAUAUGGAGCCGGAGCAGCACAUUGACGAUAGCGCGUCAACAGGAAGCAAGGAAGCAGCAUCGAAUGGGAACCAGGAAGCUAACGAGUGGAUGAUUCCGCCACCCCAGCCUGCGUCCGCGUUUGAGAUCUCACACAAGAACCAACGUGGCUGGGAGGAGAUAUUCGUGGCAUGGUGCCGCUCGCUGGCCAAGUUGAACGAGGGGAAGAUCAAGGCCAGCACCCCUCGAGAGCGAAAUCGCGUGGCCGACGCAUAUCUGAGAUGGGUUGGGGGGAUAGACGGAGUGUCUAGGAUGAAGGCAUCUACUGCCAGGCGGGAGGCGCUGCAGUACGCACAAAACAACAGUGCAUAUCUAGCCUCCAUAUUCUCUGCCGCACCCCCUCCCAGCGAACCCCCAGCCGUGGGAUCAGCUCCGCUGCCGCAGGGGAACUCCACGCCUUCUCCAGUGACCCCAGUCUCCAAUGGACUCGACGAUGUGAGUGUUAGCCAGCUUGAGGGGGAAGACACAGCAUACCGAGAGCGAUACUUUCCCGGCAUCGGUCUCGAUGAGACGUUUUGCGCCAUGUGCGCAUCUCACGGGCACGCCACGGUCGAAUGCCCUCAGAUGACGUGCCGCUUCUGUCACGUGCGGGGGCACCGCUCAUUUAGUUGCCCAACGCGUCUUCGAUGCACGAAAUGUAUGCAACUCGGGCAUGCUAAGAAAGACUGCAGGGAGAAGCUAAAGCUGGCUUCGGGGGAGAUGGAGUGCGCGUUCUGCCAGUCGCAUGACCAUGUCGACGCGUCCUGUCACGAGCUGUGGAGGAGCUUCGUCUUCAACCCAGACACAGUACGCAAGGUCCAAUCCAUACCGAUGUUUUGCUACUGCUGCGGGCAUCAAGGACAUUACGGCCCUGCCUGCGGGCUAAACCGACAAAACCCAAAGGAAAGCCCCUGGGAGACUUGGAGCAAGGCGAAUCAUGACAGGUAUAUUGACCCAGCCUCAUCUGAAGUGGCCGUUGUGUUCAGGGGUCCAACCGUACCUCAACCUGGAUACGACAGACCCGACCUCGGCAAGAGCAUCGUGCCCCGGAGGCAUGUGUUCUUUGAAGAGGACAGCGAUGACGAGUCGGAGGGUGAGGUAUUCAGUCGCUAUAGGGUUGCUUCACGACGGGGACGUUCUUGAGGGUUUACUACAGCCAGAAACAACCUCUCACACGUCACAAGCACCUCUCUCGCCUUGCCGGUCUCUCGCGAACGCGGAGCGGGGAGUCGUGGUGGGAGUAAAGGAGCAAGCACGAUAUGGCCGCGACGCGGGUCAUGGAACUCGUGACCCCCGCUAUCCGCUGGUAUCCUUCCUCCCAUGCCGCCACACAGCUCCCAGGACAACCGGGGAAUGGCGGUUGAGAGACCGGGGAGGAGAGGGGAUCCCACUUUAGGGAAGCUCAAUUUUACUGUAUAUAG